AUGGCAAUUAAUGAUGUUCAACAACUAAAAGGAAAUCCGUUUGCUGCCCAACUAGUAAAAACGUUAACAGAUCGCCUGGUGAAAUUGAAGGAAUCGCAAGCUUUUCAAAUGUGUUUAUAUAUUGACCCUCGCCUGAAUUUUUUAAACUCGAAACUAUUUACCAAUGACGAGAAGCAACUUAUUCAGGUAUGUUGGGUUACCACAUGGAACAGAAUCAGUAAAUUGAAACCAUCUCCACUAUCUAGUCUAAUGGCAGAAAGUGAAGCAAACAGCUCUCAAGUUGAUGAUGUUAUUACUGAACUUUUUGGUGGGACUUUAUCAAAAACGGAUAAUGAUAAUGAAUCAUCUUUUGUUCAACAGUUAAAGGCACUAGAUGCUGAACCACGGCAAAGUCAUACAAGUGAUAUAUUUCAACAUUGGUUGAAACGAAGAGAAAGCCACCCGGAAUUGUUUGAAGUAGCCAUGGUUGUGUUGGCGACUCCAUCAAAUCAGGUGUCCGUGGAACGAGCAUUUAGCGCCCUCGCUUUAGUGUUGUCACCGCACAGAACUGGCUUGGGUCAAGACACAUUAGAAAACAUUUUAUUAAUUAAAUUAAAUAGAGAUAUCUUCCAGAAGAUACCAUCAUACGAAUGGAUGGACUUAAAGGAAUAG